CGCCGCGCGACCAUCUUCUCGGCCGGUGUCCUCUUCUGCGCCGGCACGCUCAUGCUCGUCCUCACCAACAAGGGCAACCACACGCUCUCGCUGAUCGCCCGUAUCAUCCAGGGCUUUGGCGUCGGCAACUCGUCGUUCUCGCUGCCGAUCUUCGGUGCCGAGAUGGCCCCCAAGGAGCUUCGCGGUAUGCUCUCGGGCUUCAUGCAGAUGUCGAUCGUCACCGGUCUCCUUCUUGCCGGUAUUAUCAACUACGUCGUCCAGAACGACGAACACGGCUGGCGCGUCACCAACGCUGUUGCGAUGGCCUUCCCGGUGAUCGUUAUGGCCGGUAUCUUUUGCGUGCCCGAGUCCCCGCGCUGGACGUACAAGGCCAAGGGCCGUGACCAAGCCGAGGCGGCCCUCAAGCGUCUCCGUCGUACUGAAAACGUCGGCGCUGAGCUCCAGGCCAUUGGUGACGCCAUCGAAGAAGAAGGCGACAACACGUCCACGUGGGCUGACCUCUGGCACCCGUCCAUCCGCCCGCGCGUCAUCAUUGCUUGCUCGCUUCAGCUGCUCCAGCAAGCCACCGGUAUCAACCCGAUCUUCACGUACGGCGGUCAGAUCUUCAAGGACGUCGUCGGUGACGGUAUCGUGUCGCUCCUCAUCUUCCAGAUCGGCCUCCUCCUCGAAGACAUUGAGCUUCUCUUCUCCAACGGGUCGGUCCGCGCCCAGAAGACUGUCGAUAUCGAGACGCCCAAGCGCGACGAAGCGUAAACUGCUCUCGCAAGAAGAGAGCAACAGCCACUGUGUCUGUACAUUUAAACCGUAUCGUAUAUUGAAGAUAAAUGAACAAACAUUUACUCGAUGAUGACAACUUGUAUACUCAAACACUUUGCG